GGGGCGCCACAAAAGUCCCGGGGAGCCGCCGGGGCCGUGGCGGUGGUUGGUCUGGCCGGGAAACUGUGUCCCCCGCGACGGGCCUUGCCGGUACCUCUGCUGGAGCAGGUGAGGUCGUGGUGUUGGGAAGUACAUCUGUGUUAGUUCUCUCAGAUUGGCAAUGGUUCGUAGUGGAAAAAGUGGUGGGCUCCACCUGAAGCAGAUUGCAUACUACAAGCGAACAGGGGAAUAUCAUCCCACAACAUUAUCAAGUGAAAGAAGUGGAAUCAGGAGAGCUGCCAAAAAAUUUGUUUUCAAGGAAAACAAGUUGUUCUAUGUUGGAAAAGACAGAAAACAAAUGCGCCUGGUAAUUGUUUCAGAUGAAGAAAAGAAAAAGGUCCUCGAGAAAUGCCACAAAAAUGCUGCUGGCACUCAUCAUGGUAUAUCAAGGACACUGACUUUAGUGGAGUCUAAUUACUACUGGACCUCUGUAACAAAUGAUGUCAAGCAUUGGGUGCAUGCCUGCCAGCAUUGCCAGAUGGCAAAGAACAUAGCCACCAGAGUGCCCAAAAUACACCCUAUCAAAGCAGAGGACCCAUGGACAGCAGUCACUAUAGAGCUAAUGGGACCUUUCAAUGUUACCAAUAGAAGUCACAAAUACAUCAUAAUUAUGACAGAUUUGUUUACAAGAUGGACUGUUAUCUUACCACUGUAUGAUACUUCAGCAGCUGAAAUUGCUAAGGCAAUCAUAAAUGUGUUUUUCUUAUAUGGGCCACCUCAAAAGAUGCCUAUUGAUCAGGGGAAGGAGCUUGUUUAUCAGAUAAAUGAAGAACUGUUUGCACUGUUUGGAAUGAAGCAAAUUGUAUUGUCUUAUCCUCAGACACACGGCAUUAAUGAAAGAAUGUCCAAGACAAUCAAAACUUUUCUUAAUAAGUAUUGCAUGGACCAUCCAAAUGAUUGGGAUGAACAUUUAUCUGCUAUAGCCUAUGCUUUCAAUUUGACAAAUUUGGAGCCAGAUCAAACCACCCCAUAUUUCCAAAUGUUCAACCGUAACCCACGUGUUGUUGAGCCCAUGAAUAUAUGUGUGGAAGGAGAAUUCAGUAGUUUUGCCAAAAUAUUUGAAGCAACUAAAAAACUCAGUCAAGUACUGGAAGAAGACAAAACCUCAGGUUGCCAGGCAGAUAAAAAAACUUCAGAUGAACAAAAAAUCAGAACCAAAAUCACAGUCAAAAGGAAGUCAAAACAAUUAAACACCCUUCAACUUAAAGUUGGUCAUGAAGUCCUCAGGCAAAGAAAAAACUGGUGGAAAGAUGGUCGUUUCCAGUCGGAAUGGAUUGGUCCUUGUAUCAUAGAUUACAUCACAGAAAAUGGCUGUGCAAUAUUAAGAGAUUCCACAGGAUCCAGGCUGAAAAGACCAAUCAAGAUGUGUCACCUCAAGCCAUAUAUAAGAGGGUCCAGUGAAAAAGGCAACCAUUACAUUCUACAAGGUGCAGUAGUUUUUGACCAUGACUAUAUUGGCUUAUCUGAAAGAUCUAAUAAUUCAAGUCAAGCAGACUCUGUUGCUGAAAAAGAAAUAAAUGCCUACAAAAGAGAUAUCAUGUCUGCUGUACAGAUUCCACCUGCAGCCUGCAAAGACCAAGAAUCAGCAGAUGGCAAACAUGAGUCUGAGCUGAGAGAAGAUCAUCGCAUUGAACCAAACACUGCAAAGCCAGAGCAAUGGCCUUCAUCUUGUUGGACCCUUCAGACAAAGACAGAGGAUACUUAAGCAUAGUCUUCUAUCCUUGCCAUUUCCUUGCCAAGCAGUUUGAAACUACUGUGGAAAACUGAAAAAAAAAAAUUAACAGCUCCAACUUCCUUAGCCCAAUCCACUUUACUCCUUUAUGAAUCUAAGAGUAUUUCAGGUAUCUAAUUUGUCUGGGUGUUAAGAAAAAGCAUUAGUAAAAGUACAUAUUCUGAUCAUGCAUUUAAAUUCCAUAUUUUGUUGGUAGAAUGGCAAUGUGGCCAUGCCUUACUGUUAUCCUCUCAGGACACAAUGCAUCAUUUCACUUGUAAGGACCUUUUCCAUUUAACCAUUGGAUGACUCAUUCCUAAUGUGCACUGUGAGAAUAAUUAAACCUAGGCAAGUUGGUGUAAAUUUUCCCUCCACUACAGAGAAGCUCAUGUCUUCCUUUUCCUGUUAUAUAACAGUUUUCUAUUCAUUCUGGGAAGCUGCAGCAUCUGACUUGUACAGCUUUUAAUUUCUAAUCCAUUUAAGUUCUCACAAAACAAUAAAACUGCCAAAAUAAAAAUACAUGUAGUGUUCUAUGCAUGAAAGAAACAAUGAGGGCUUCAGCUGUUCCCUGCUCAUCAAAAGUCUACUAGUGUAGGCACUUUUAGUAUCUCAGGCAUGUGAAAAAAUCUUAAGAGCAUUUAAUAUUAAUAUGUGCUUUUUCCACAAACAUCUGGUUUCUCUGUUACAGUUACCUCUUCACUGAGCCUGUGCAUGUUGAGAGAUUUUCCAUGGACAGUGGGCUAUGAAAGGUGAAGCAGUGGUAUUAACUUGUUAUCUGAUUUCCUUGAGUAAGUUGUUAUUAGUCUGGACUUCCUGUUGAGAAAACUGUUUCUCAAAGUCAGCAUUCUCAAAGUCAGGAAUUUUUUCAGCACAGGAAUUUUUUGAUGUGGAAAACUGAUGAGUGGAAGUCAAUUUUUGUUGCUUUGGUUUUGUUGGUUUGGUGGUUUUUUUUUUUUCUGUUGUGGUUUUUUUUUUUUUUUUUGUUUCUUUUUUUGUUUUGUUUUGGUUUUUUUGGGGUUUUUUGGGGUUUUUUUUUUUGCUUUUUUUCUUUGUAGGGGAUUGAUUUGAAGAAAACCAGCAGAAAACUGAAAACUGAAUUGAGGAGUUCAGCAACUUAUGGAUGAUGCUGUGGAAGAUUUGAUUAUCUUGUUCUCUGAAUUUGUGUGUUCCCUCUAAUUUCUGCUCCUGAAUGUCAUGUGACUUCUAACACAGGUGGAAGAGAGUACUAUUUAUUAGGAGUUUUCAGUUAAUUUUAGGCAAUUAGAUGUGUCUGAUUAGGUACCUACCUCCUACAGAAACUUACAUGUACAGUACAGUAUGUCUUUAAUAUCAUGGGAUGCAUCUGUGUGAGAAAAGAGCUAAGCACCAUGACAGAAUCCUAUCUUAAACUUCAAAUGAAAAAUAAUUAAUACUCAAACUAUUUUGUGUCUUCCGAAAAUGCAGUUUUACAGAUACAGUUUUUCUCCACCAAGACUUCAGAAAGAGUCUUUCUGAGUACAUUGUAUGUAUGCAUACAC